GUGUAAAUAAAAUUUCCCAAAAGAUAAUUAUGAAGAAAGUGAAGGAAGGUCCGGAAGCUUAUAGAAGUAAUUAAGAGAGAUCGGUUUUGAUAACAGAAAGAAUUUAAAUUUGAUUCCCCAAACCAAACACAAUCAUCUUCAAUCUUCAAUCUUCAAUGGCUGUCAACCCUCAAUUGUUCCCCAAUGGAAUGCCAGUUCCUUUCCUCAACGAGAUGUUCGUCCUCGCCAGAGAUGGCGUCGAAUUCGAAAUCGACAAGGUCCCUGGAAAUCAUGGAGGUCAUGUAAAAGCAAAGGGAACAAUUUACUUGUCAAAUAUUAGAAUGGUAUUCGUCGCAAGUAAACCAGUUGGAGAAUUUGUUGCAUUUGAUAUGCCACUGCUUUUCGUCCACGGAGAGAAGUUUAAUCAACCAAUAUUUUUCUGUAACAACAUUGCUGGUCAAGUGGAGCCUGUGGUUCCGGAAAAUCAACCUGCGGCUUUAUUUUCCACUCACUCAUUCAAGAUUUUGUUCAAGGAAGGAGGCUGUGGAACAUUUGUUCCCCUUUUCUUCAACUUGAUUUCUUCGGUCAGACAAUAUAAUCGACAACAGCAGCAAGCUAGUUCAAUGCCGGAGCCACCACGUACGGAUCCUUUACAAGCAGCACAGACUCCCGUUGAUGAGAUGAUAAGACACGCAUAUGUCGACCCGAACGAUCCAACAAGAAUCUUCCUGCAGCAGCCAACACCAGAAUCUCAACUCAGGCGACGAACUUACCAGCCCCGUCCAGCCGAACACUCUAUGUAAUGUUUAACAGAUGGUAAAUAAAUUUACUAUUGUGUCAUGAAACAGAUGAAGAAUUCGUCACUAUGAUGUUGGAUAGCAAGAGUGCGUACAUAAAAUAUUGCAUAUAUAUAUAACGCUUGGUAGCUUGUAUAUUGUAUAUUGCAAAGUGUGUUAUUAAGUUGUAUGUUCAAUCAGUGUGUCAUCUCAAUGAACCUGACUUGAUCAGAUGGUUUUUUUUCUUUAAAAACUUUUGAUACAGAUAAGUUUUCAAUUUCAAAAAUUGGCGGUUAUAGUCUCUAA